AUGUCACAUAACUUUAGCGAGGGGCAAAGAGCAGAGUUUUAGGCUGCUUUCGAUUUUUUCGAUAAAAAUGGCGAUAAAUAAAUAUCAGCCAAGGAACUUGGAGUUGUGAUGAAGAAUAUUGGAUAGCAUAUAACCGAAUAAGAGUUAAACCAAAUGAUCUUGGAGGCUGACGAGGAUGGAAGUGGCACUAUAGACUUUGAUGAAUUUUUGACAUUAAUGCAAAAGAGACUAUAGGAGUUAGAUGUCAAAGAGGAACUUAUAGAAGCUUUCAAAGUCUAUGAUAAGGAGAAAAAUGGCUGCAUUGCGGUAGACGAGAUGAAGAAAAUAUUGCAAAAGAUGGGUGAAUCAGUCUCUAAGGAGGAAAUAGAUGAGGUAAUAAAAGAUUUGAUAUCUGAAUAAAUCAUCUCAGAAUGGAAAAAGCAACAUAAUUCAAGUGAAUCAAUCAAAGUAGAUCCUAUUGAUCUUGAAAAUUAAAUAGCUCAGGUUGAUCCUUUGAAAUUAGGAGCUUAUGGUGUUAAAAAGCCUUUGGAUGAAAAAUCAUAGAGCAUUUAAGAUUUAAUAGCAGCAUCUAAGCGUUACUAUCCUAUGGAUAGAAUGGGAAAUAUUGAUGAAUGGGGGGCUAUCGUCAAUUAAUAAGUUGAUAACUAUCAAAGAGCUUAAGAAUAAAAAAAACUUCAGGAAAAAUAGCAAUCAUAAUUUUAUGGUUUGGAACUUCAACAUGAAAAAGCGCUUAAAGAAAAGCAAAAAGAAAUUGAAAGGUGCGAAAAGUAAAAUGAUCUAGAGUUAGCUAAUCGAAAAAAAUAAGAGUAUGAUACAAUGCUCAAUGGAUUUAAGAACCAAUAAUAUCAUAUCAAAGAGCUACUUGCUGGUGAUUACAGAUAAAACAUGAGUAUUCGAUAAAAUGAAAAUAGGUCUAAAAGAAUGUAGGAAUUGUCAGAAGGUAAAAUAGCUAAUAUGAGAGUUCAAUAGGAAAUGGAAUAAAUUAAGUAAAUGGAUUUAGCCAAGAAAUAAAUGAUAAAAGACAUGUAUUAGUAGGAUAUUAGUCAAAGAAAGGGUAACAUUACUUAUGAUCUUCUUAUGAGAGACUAAUAAAAACUGGAUGCUUAGAAAUUAAUGGCUGAGAAUUCAUAGGUAUCUUUAGAUGCCUAACGAUUGUAUAAAUAAAGGUAUGAUUCGAUGCAGGAUUAGCAAAAGUAAAUAAAUGAUAAUUAUCUUUCAACUGUAAAAGCUCCAGAGAUAGAACGAAGAAUAGAAGAAUAAGAGAAGAUACAAAAGUAAAAUGAAAUGCUAAGGAAUCAAGCCAAAAUGACUGAGGAAAUGAAAUAAUAACUACAGAGAGAUUUUGCGUAAAAUAAUCGAUAAAUACUGGUAAAGCAACUUGAGGAUAGGGAAAAACUUAAAUAUUUAGGAAAAGAGAUGAAGCAUAUCGAAUUAGAGGAGAGUGAAACUAAGGUGCAUGAUCACAAGAAUUUUGAAGAGCUAAAGCAAAAAGUAAAUAAGUAGAGAUAGCUUACUUAUAAGGAAAUGCUGGAUAACCAAAUAAAUAGUAAGGAAAUUAACUUCACAGAGAGGCCAGAAACAAAAGAUAAAAGAGAGAAAAGUUUGCAAGAAAACUUGAAGAGGCUUGAUAAGUAUGGGUACAACCGAGAUUAUGCAAGUUUGAUCAAUACAGGUAAUUAGACUGCUAGAGGCGCUAAGGAUCCAAUCAUUUUCUAGGGAGAUAGUACAGAUAAUGUUAAGUAUAAUUUAACAGGGGCUCUUGACACAAAUUAAUUAAGAAAGUCAGCUAUCCUAGACAUUGGGAUGAAAAACAUGUAAAGUAACAUUCUAGGAGACAGAGGAAGUUUUAAUGCAAGUCUAAAGUUAUAUAGAUUCAGAGAAAGCUAACUCGAACAUAAAUUGGGAGUUCAUAAUAGAUCUAGACAUCUUAAGAACCUUAAAUAUACUAAUCCAUCAUUGGGACUUGAUUCUGAUGUUACUUUCUAAAAUUAUUCCAGAAACUACAAUAAGAACCAGCUGAUUGAUAGAGUUAGAAAAUCAUUGGAAUCAAUUGAGAAUGAAAAAUAAGAUACGAAUCUGACAGCACCUUCACAAGAAAUUUUCCACAGUGACGAUUAAAACUUAAUGAAUAUUACUAUGAUGAAUCCUAAAGAACAGCAGAUUCCUUAGGAUGAUAAAAAGAUAGUUAAGAUCUAGAAAAGAUAGAAUAUUGCAAAGACAAUUAGACUUACACUCAACCCAUUACCUUAAUAGACUUAAAAUUCUCAUACCUCAAUAAAUAUCAGAAGUCCUACACAUCAAAUGAGUGGAGCUUACUCAACAAGCAUUAAUUACAACACAAAUAGUCUUAAUUAUAAUACAGGCUCACAUAUUCCUACGCAUCACAGUGUUGCAAAUAAUAUGCACAACAACUAAUUCAACAAGUCAGAUCUAAACCAAGAUUUAGUCCAUGUUACAUAAGAUGAUGAUAAUAACAGCAAAAAGAGGGUCAAUAAAGGCAUCUAAAAUGAUGGACCAAGUACACUUAUGAAUUGGACUCUAUCAAGCUCUUUUAAACUACCUUUUAUUCAAAGAAAAGCUUUAGAUUCUCCCUCUACUAAUAAAAAUCCAUAUAAGCUUAAUACUUAUAGAGAAAUAUAAAAUAGAUAGCCAUCUUUGCUCCUAAAGGAAAGGUCACUUAGUAAAAAUGGUUCGCCAAUCUCAAAUAUUUAAGGUGUAUAGAUAUAGUUGAAAUCUAUCAAAUUGUUUAUGGAUCAAGAUAUUACUAAAAAGUCUAAUAAAACAAAUAAGCAAAACAGAAAAUAGUAGUAAGCUAAAAAUUAACUGUAAAUUCAGCAAUAGAAAUAGCAGUUUUAGAUUGAAAUUAAGCAGCAAUCAUAGAAUCAGCCAACUUUCCCUCCUGAGUUAAGUUCAGCAUAAAUAACAUAAAAUCGAAAUUUUAGAGCUUCAAAGACAAAUCUAGCAAGUGUUGAUUCGAACAAGCUCAAGCGUUAGUUUUUCCAACUAGCCAUGAUAAGUUCUAACCACAAUAAUAAACUUAAAGAUUUAGGAAGGCAUAGUUUAAUUAUAACUUAGAAAAGGAAAUCGCCCAAACUUAGAUAGAGCAUGGAUCAACCUUAUUUUUAUUAGAAUAACAAAAACAAGUUUAAUCUUGAAUCGAUAUAUGAUACAAAUGGCAAUAGUAGUAAAAAUAAGAAACAAGAUAAAAAUAAAUAGCUUUAGCAAUUCAACCCUUCACAGCCAAAGUAAUAGCUAGAAGAUGAUCAUAUGCAAGUAGCACCAUGGCUCUAAUAAUCUGAAAUGCGAUUGUUUAGUGGAUAGAGAACAAACAGUAGAAUUUUCAAGCAUGAUGAGCUUUCUGCUAGCGGAAAUACUUAAGGCUUGAAAAGUAAACAGAAAAUGAAAGGAUUAGGCCAAUCGUUCGAUUCAAAUGGAACUCCAGAGGCUUAUGACUCAUAUAUAUUUUAGCCCAGUAUUAGAAUUUCAAGACUUAUUUACUCAGCAUAAUAACACUGA